AUGCAUCUUCCUCAAACCAUCAUCCCGCCGUCAACAACGCACACCCACACCGUAAUCUUCCUCCACGGCCGCGGCGACAACGCUCACACCUUCUCGCAAUCCCUCCAAUACUCCACGGACUCCCGCGACAGAACCCUCGCGGACGCCUUCCCGUCCUUCCGCUGGGUCUUCCCGCAGGCCGAGACGAGCGCGCCCGCCGCGUUCCCGCGGGACAAGGUCCCGCAGUGGUUCGACGUCUGGAACGUGUCCGACUUCUCAGACCGGGAAGAGCUGCAGGCCGCGGGCCUCAGAGAAAGCGUCUCCGCCGUCCGGGAGAUCAUCGUCGCGGAGGCGGAGAUGCUGGGCGGGCGGUAUGACCGCGUCGUCCUGGCCGGGAUCAGCCAGGGCGCCGCGACCGGCGUGCAUACGAUUCUCAAGUUGGGACUGCCGGACGGCCGGGAGAGGAUCGGGGCUUUUAUGGGGUUCUCCUGCCGGAUGCCGUUUCCCGGGAGGACUCUAAAAGAUACUCGCGCGGUACUGGGGCUCGGGGACGUCCCGGAGGAUGACGGGCUGCUUCGGCGGACGCCGAUGUUGCUGGAGCACUGCGUUGACGAUCCGCUGGUCUUAGUUGGCAACGGGCGUGUGUUUUGA